UCAAGAUGAAGGCACAUCACUCUGAGAGCAAUCAGACAUGCAAAUAGCCCUUUUAAAGCUCAAGCAAAUACUGGAGGAGGUUUUAAAAUAGCAAUACAAAUCUGUUUCUCAUGGAUUUCAAGACUGAAGGUAAAAGGAAGCAGCUGCAUAGCUUACAGUUACUGGAUCAAAUAAAAAGUAUGAAAAAUUUAACUGAAAUGAUUGAUGUGGUCUUGGUGACUGAAGGCGAAAAAUUCCCAUGCCACAAACUGAUCCUGGCUGCUUUCAGCCCUUACUUCAAAGCCAUGUUUACCUGUGGCUUGGUUGAAUGCACGCAGAAGGAAGUGGUCCUGCAUGACAUAUCUGCAGAAAGUGUGUCCGUACUUCUUCACUACAUGUACACCGCCGAGCUACGCCUCACUUAUGGCAAUGUGCAAAGUGUGGCUGUUGCAGCAUUUUUCAUACAAAUGGAUGAUGUUUCCAACAUGUGUCAGAAAUACAUGAUGGACCACAUGGAUGCUUCCAACUGCGUAGGGAUCUAUUACUUUGCAAAGCAGAUUGGGGCAGAAGAGUUGUCUGACCAAGCCAGGAAGUAUUUGUACCAGCACUUUUCAGAGGUGAGCCUGCAUGAAGAAAUAUUCGAGCUAGAAGCACAGCAGUUGCUAAGCCUGAUCCAAUCAGAUGAUCUUAAUGUGUCCAGGGAAGACACCAUCUUGGACUUAGUCCUCAGAUGGGUUAACCACAGCAGGAAAUUGCGUGCCGAUAAGCUCAUUGAGCUCUUAAAGCAAGUGAGGCUCACACUUGUAAGCCCGUCGUUCCUAGUGGAAGCUCGGAAAAGGAACACAGUGCUUCUGAGUAAUUCACAAUGCAGUGAUAUGGUUGAGGGAGCCUUAGAAACCAUCAGGAAAUCCAACCAGCCCCCUCUCACUCUCCGCUAUGGGAUGGAGACCACAAUUCUUCUCCUUUGCAUUGGCAAUAACUCACAGGGAAUCAGAUCAAGACACGGGAACUAUGCUGAUGCCAGCUUCUGUUAUGCUCCUGCAACACAAAAGACUUACUUCAUUUCCUCCCCAAAAUAUGGAGAAGGCCUGGGAUGCGUAUGUACUGGGGUGGUUAACGAGAACAAUGAUAUCAUUGUGGCGGGCGAGGCAAGUGCUGCCAAAUUGUCAAGACAAAAGACCAGGAAAAUUGAAUUUAUAGGUUUGCUUUCUUAUAGGUACAACAGCCAAGGAAAUCGGUGCUGGCAAAGUCUGUGUACUGCUCAACUUCGUGAGCUGUAUGCUCUGGGAACCCUUCAUAAUGACCUCUAUGUCAUAGGAGGUCAAAUGAAACUGAAAAACCAAUAUCACAUUACCAACUGUGUGGAGAAGUACUCCAUGGAACAAGAGAGCUGGAGAACUGUGGCUCCUCUCCCAGUGCCAUUAGCCUGCCAUGCAGUGGUCACUGUGAAAAACAGGCUGUACGUAAUGGGAGGAUGGACACCGCAGAUGGAUCUCCCUGACGAUGAGCCUGAUCGAUUAAGCAACAGAAUGUUGCAGUAUGACCCAGGCCAAGACAAAUGGACGGAGCGCACCCCGAUGAAGUACUCGAAAUACCGCUUCAGCACAGCUGUAGUCAACAAUGAGAUUUAUGUCUUGGGUGGUAUUGGCUGCCUUGGUCGAGACAGAGGGCAGGCACGGAAAUGCCUUGAUGCAGUAGAGAUCUAUAAUCCUGAUGGAAAUUUUUGGAGGGAUGGGCCUCCUAUGCCUUCUCCUCUACUCUCCUUGCGAACUAACUCUACCUGUGCUGGUGCUGUAGAAGGGAAGCUCUAUCUCUGUGGGGGAUUUCGUGGAGCAGCCCGGCAUGAAGUUAUCACCAAAGAGAUCCUGGAGCUGGACACCUGGGAAAAUCAGUGGAAUGUGGUGGCUGUCAAUGUUCUCAUGCAUGACAGCUAUGAUGUCUGUCUUGUUGCUCAGCUGAACCCACGAGAUCUUAUUCCUCCCCCUCCUGAUUUAGUAGAGCAAUAGGAAUGCAGAUUUCCUUAGCGGUUUAGUUGAGGAGCUUAGAAUCCAGAAUUCUU